GAAGUGGACAAGGAUAAACUACCUACGGUCUUUCGUUGGUCAGGAGGUGGAAGCAGUGUUUACGUUGCAGGAACAUUCACCAAUUGGAAGAAAAUACCUUUGGUCAAGAGUCAUAGCAAUUUUGUUACCAUUCUUGAUAUCCCUGAAGGUGAACAUCAGUUUAAAUAUUUUAUUGAUGGAAAUUGGAGACACGAUGAGAAUCAAAAAGUCAUACCUGAUCCUUAUGGUGGUGUCAACAAUAUUUUAAAUGUGCAAAAGAGCGAUUUUGAUUUAGAUUCAAUCGAAGCUGACUCAGGUAAGCUUUCCAGUUCACCAGAUGGAAGUUACACCUCAGAAAUACCAGCUACUCUACAGGGUUCUCAGGCUGCCCCACCAGUCUUGCCACCACAUCUCCAUUAUGUCUUAUUAAAUCAAGACCCGCCAUUACAGGGAGAGCCGACAAUAUUGCCCGAGCCUAACCACGUUAGUUUGAAUCAUCUGUAUGCUCUAUCUAUUAAGGAUAGCGUUUUAGUGCUUGGAGUUACACAUCGCUACAGGAAAAAAUAUGUUACCACGUUGUUAUAUAGGCCAUUAUAA